AUGUGGGUGGAACUAGAGACUAUUAGGCAAAGCAAAAUAAUCUGUCUCGAGCUCUCCCUGGUCGGCCUACCGGCGCAGGGCGCAGGUUACCGAGAUAAGCCACCUCCAGGGGCAGCAGGGGCAGCAGAGCGAGCGGAGAGCCCUCGGCUUUCCAGCGGCGCGGCCCGGCGCUUCCCUCUCCGGGUGCGCACCUGCGGCGCUCAGCGGUCCUGCGCGAGCUGCGCCUCCACCUUCCCGAACACUUCAACUGCUGUACAACGCCAACCCCGCUCCAAGACAGCGGAGCCAUGUUCCUUCUUCUGGUCCUUCUCACCCGGCUUGAAUUGCUGCACGCAGGCUCCGGUGAGUCCAGAUACUUGUUACCGCUUGCCAUCCAGGCUCGCGGGGGGAGGAGGGGACUGUGUUCGCUUAGGGGACUGUAUUCUUUCGACCAGGCCCCAGGCCCAGACCUUAUCCCAGCCCCGCGCUCUCCCUUACCCACUUUCUUAUUGCCGUUCGCUUCAGCGUCGGUGGCCAAAAAAGCAGAGGCAGCCUCCAGGCAGAAAAUCUUUUCACGUCUCUGGGCUGUUUGAUUACAUGGGCUCUGAUAUAAAGGCUGUAACACAGAAGGUUAUUCAGAUAAUUGGCUUUGUUAACACCUAUCCAGAGGGUUUAUCCUUGGAGUCAUACACUGUCAGUGUUGUGCAGUUGCUUGGCUUUAAUCUGGGAUUGAGUUAUGAUGAUCCUGAUACUUGCUAUUGUUCAGGAGAUGUUUGCACAAUGUCACCUAAAGCAGUGCAGUCUGGGGGUGUAAAGGAGUUUAGCACCUGUAGUUUGGAUGACUUUAAAUACUUAGCUUCACAUUCUGGCUUUGAAUGUCUUCAGAACAUCCUUCCUGAAAUGCCAGUUUAUAAACAAAGAGAGAGGAGGGUAUGUGGCAAUGGUAAAUUGGAAAAAGGUGAACAGUGUGAUUGUGGCCCUGCAGAGAAUUGUACACAUAAAGACUGCUGUGAUCCUAGAAUAUGUGUAAUGAAAAAGGGUAAACAAUGUGGUUCUGGAGAAUGCUGCACACUAGAUUGCAAGCUAAAGCCAAUCGGUAUACAGUGUAGGAAACCUUUGGACGAAUGCGAUUUCCCUGAAUAUUGCGAUGGGGUUUCCUCACACUGUGUGCCUGACACUUACGCACGUGAUGGACAAAGUUGUGAUUCAGGUGAUGCCUUCUGUUAUGGAGGACGAUGUCGGACACAUAGCAAACAGUGUAAAGAUUUGAUUGGAGGAGCUUCUAGAGGUGGUCCAUUUGCUUGUUAUGACGAAGUAAAUACAAGAGGAGAUAGAUAUGGAAACUGUGGUCGAGACUUUUGUAGUUAUCCUAAUCUUCUAUGCGGAAAAUUAGUUUGUGCCUGGCCACACAAAGCAUUAGUAUCACGUGCAAAUUUAUCUGUGAUUUACACACAUGUCCGAGAAGAAAUGUGUGUAAGUACAUUUCGAAACACAGAAAAGAAACCUAAAAAUACAUGGACAACAUAUGAAAAACCUGAAGAUAGAGAUGAUACAUUUGUACAAGAUGGCACUGUGUGUGGUCCUGCUAUGUAUUGCCUCAGAUUUAAGUGUGUAGAAGUUCAAUACCAGAUAACAAAUGAAGAGUGCAAUUCUACUUAUUGCAAUAGCCAUGGAGUUUGCAACAAUUUAAAUCACUGCCACUGUGAAAAGGGGUUUGACCCUCCUACAUGCGUGCAGAAGAAGGGAGAAUUUGGAAGUAUAGAUGAUGGGCACAAGGCUCCAUCUGGUAAAAGCUACUUGAGGGAACAAAAUACCACUCCUUCAAAACACCGAUUUCUACUCAUUUUCUACAUUUCUCUACCUGUGCUCAUCAUCACUGCCAUUGUUUUAAUAAAGCAGAAUAAAAUAAGAGAGCUGUGCUACAGAGAGGAAACUGAAAGUGAGAGAUCUGUGUCAGAAGAAAGCAGCAGUAACAGCAAGUUAUCCCCCACUGUAAGUCUCAACUUCCACCCUAUCCACUGCAACUUGAAUCCAGAAGAGGCUCUGAAUCAGGUGAAAGCAGCUUAA